AUGGAAAACCUACUUACUCACUUCCAAAAUUAUUUCGAUGAUGAUAAGAAUGAAUUACCGUUGCCAAAUUUACCAUUAACUAUUGAUAAUUUUACAACCGAGAAACUAAAAGUCAAUAAAGAAACUUCAUUAUAUCUUCAUAAUGCAAUAUUCACUCCUAAGAAAACAUUAGAUCUACAUCCGCAUUUCGAACCUGUUCUGAUUCCAGAAACUUAUUUUGUUCAUUCAACAGGGGAUACUGCUUCCAGAAAGAAGUGUGAUAUGAACGAAAUGCUCAUACAACAGAUUAUUCCAAAACACAAGUUUCCUACCCCAAAAGUCAAGGGAAUCAAAAACUUAUCUAAGCGCUUUGAGGAAAAUAUUGAUAUCCCAAUUGAUUGUAAUUCAAUUGUCAUAUCGGAUGAGUUUGAACUACCAACUUGCAUCAAACCAAAAGAUUCUUCAACAUACCAAAUUGAUCAACCAUUAGUCAUCCAACCGGGAACUACUAUUACCAAUCCUAAUCUGUUUACAUUUCCCACUUGGAAGGUUUCGGAGUCUAUUGAUCUACUUGAUUAUAUUAAUGAUGAAAUUAAAGAGUUUGAUCUCGCACAAUUGGUUACUACAAAAAAUGAUAUUUGGCUGCAAAAAAUAAUUCCUCCAGACAAUGCUUAUUGUAUUCAAAAUGACUACAUAUUUCAAUCGCCAGCCAGGGCUCAAAUUGAAUUUGAUUCAUUUCCUGAAUGGGAGUAUGAUAAUCAAACCAAAGAAAAUGUUGAUCUUGAACAAGUACAUAAUUUCAUAAUUGAUCAGAAUCGACUCACACAAAGUUCGGAGUAUUUUGUAUAUCCCGUUGCUAGAUCCAACGGCAGAAUCAAAAAACCAUUCCAGGAACUAAUCAGAGAAUAUUUUGAUAAGUCUAAGACGAACACGCACGUUUGGAAUUUGGCAAAACAUCAACUUAUUAAUAAUAUGUGUUGGAAUCCAUUUAAUUUGGAUGUGAAAACAUUUGUUAAAACAAAAUUAGUAGAUCCACUAUCGAUUGAAUCAACUGUAUGUGAGGAUUAUUUAGUUACAAAAAGAUAUCAAAAGACAGGUUUUGAAUUAACGUUAUCUAACGCAAGUCACCUGGCGGAAGUUUUGUUCUUAACGGAAAAUAAGAAUACGUUGGAGACGGAGAGUGUGCAACCAGAACGUGAACAGGUACCAGACAAAGAGAAGCUUCCAGAAGCUAAAUUAAAAGACUUAGAUGCAAGUUUCGUCAACACCCUCCCUUCAAAUCGAGCAACAUAUCAUAAUGAUACUGAAGAAAUAGAGAGAUUGGUGUCACUACGCCAAAACAAGAAACGCAAAUUAGAAAAGAAUAAUAUUCGACUACCAUCAGGAUUAUCAAUGCUACUGUUCCUUGAACCUACAAUUUCAUCUCUGGAAAAUGAAAAUUCACUAGAGGAAUUGACAAUUCUCGAUGAUUCCAAACAAGAUUCAAAUGACACUUCCUCCUUUUCCAUCCUGGAAACCUUGUCUAAUAAAGUAUACGAAUUUACUCAAGCUCAAUAUAUACUUAUCAAUCAAACAUUAUGGCAAAAGGAUUACAAAUUGGCAAAAGACAUAAUGGGGAAUAUUCAAUCGUUAGAGGUGCAAUUUGCCAAUGAUGUUGAUAUGAUUAUAAAUUGUCAAACGGGUAUAUAUAUUGCCGGGUCAAAUUAUUUAUUACAAGGAGAUUCCAAAAAUGAGUACUUAAUCCUACCUUCUUUAUUAUCUAUCAAACAAUGUCUACAUAAAUUAUAUUUUGUAAUCUUAUUAGAAAAUUCAUAUUUUUUAAAUUAUGGUGGUGAAAAAUUGCAAAAAAUUCAAUUAAUUUGUAUGUCAUUAAAUAUUAAAUGUCUUUUAAUCCCACCAGAAGAUGCAUUCAUAUGGAUCAUGGAAAUUAUUGAAGUUGAAAAACCUGAAGAAUUGGAUGAUCCAAUGCCGCAAGAUUGUGAAGAAUGUGCGUUUUUAUGUGAAUGUGGAUUGUCUUACUUUCAAUGUAAUUUUAUCUUACAAAGAAUGACACUUAAUGAAUUUAUUUUGUCAAAUAUUGAGGAAAAAUUGAAAUUAUUAUCCAAUAGUGUUACAUGUGAACUUCUAUAUCGAUUGGAACAUAUCUUUAAUGAACGGCUACAUGAAUAA